GUGUUGUCGCGGCUGCGGCUGCGGCGGCGCGAAGGCACCGACCCUGAGGACUUGGUGUUGGAUGGCGAGAACUUGAAAUUGGAAAAAGUGGUUUUAAAUGGAAAAGAAAUUUUGCAAGACGGAGAGGCGGGGUACUCGCUGGAGCGCAGCGGCGCGCUGCGGCUGCGCGCGCAGCUGCUGCCACAGCAGCCCAACGCCGCCUUCACCCUCAGCACUUCCGUGCGGAUAAAUCCCAAAGAAAACUUUCAACUUGAAGGACUUUAUUUUGCAAAUGGAUUUUUCGUCACGAAAUGCGAGGCCGAGGGCUUCCGGAGGAUCACUUACAUGCUGGAUCGCCCGGACGUCUUGACGCGGUACCGGGUUCGCCUCGAAGCCGACCGCGAGCGCUUUCCAGUUUUGCUCAGCAACGGAAAUAAAAUGGCCGAAGGAGUUGUUCAAGAUCGUCCAGGCCGCCACUUCGCCAUUUUCGAAGACCCUUUUCCGAAACCCACUUACCUCUUCGCCGCCAUCGCCGGCAAACUCACGCGCAUCCCAGACUCCUUCCGCACAAUGAGCGGGCGGGAAGUGGCGCUGAACUUCUUCGGAGACCCCGACGACCUGCUGCACUUGGGCCCCGGGCGAGAGGCUUUGAAAGAAAGCAUGAAAUUCGAUGAAGAGGAAUUUGGCCGCGAAUAUGAUUUGGAUGUUUUGAACUUCGUUUGUUUGAAGGACUUCAGCAGCAGCAGCAUGCAGAGCAAGGGCCUGCUGCUCUUCGACUGCAGCGGCGUCCUCGCAGACCCCGAGAGCAACACAGACGAGGAGUUCAGAGAAGUGGUGUCCAAAGUAGCUCAUCUGUACUUCCAAAACUGGAUGGGAAACAGGGUGACCAUCAGGGACUGGUCGGAGAUGUGGCUGAAAGAGGGGCUGGCGGCCUUCAAGCAGCAGCUGCUCAGCAGCAAACUGGGCGCUGCUGCAGCACAGCGCAUUCUGGACUUCCAGCAAAUGUCUCCAGACCACUCCAAAGGACCCAGUGGACCAAUGGUCCAUUCGCUGCGCCCCGAAAGUUUCGCCUCAGUGACCAGCUUCAGCAGCAGCAGCAACUUCCACCGCUGGGCCGCUGAAGUCUUCCGCAUGUACUGGACCAUUCUGGGGGCCCCCGGCUUCCGCAAAGGACUAGAUCUUUUCCUUUUGCGCCACGACGGGGCCUCCGCCACUUCUGAAGACUUCCGAAGUGCCAUGGAGGAAGCAAAUGCCUCCGACCUUUCCCAGUUCCAGCGCUGGCUCGCACAGUCUCCGGGGGCCCCCCGCUCUUCAGGGGGGCCCCCCUCUCCGGGGCCCCUUUUGCUUCCCGUGGGCAUCGGGCUAAUCGGCAAGCAAAGCCGCACUGACCUCCUCGAUCCCCCCACCCACCUGUUCUUGAUGACGCGGCAAGAGGAAACAGUGCGCUUCACCGAAGUCUACGAAGACUGCGUCCCUUCUCUCUUUCGAAACUUCUCUUCUCCAGUUCAUUUUGCUUCUUCGCUGCCCCUCCAGGGCCUCGCCUUUCUUGCUGCUAAUGACUCAGACCCUUUCAACAAGUGGGCAGCAGCACACAAACUUGCUGCUGCUCUCAUCACCCACAAAGCCCGCCAAAUGGCUCCAAAAACCGACCCCCAGGGGGCCCCCCACACCGGCCCCCAGGGGGCCCCCAACGGCUCCCAGGGGGCCCCCCAGGGGGCCCCCCAGACGGUCUCUCGAAGGGGCCCCCACAGGUCUCCCCAAAGGGGCCCGCUGGAAGGCCCCCAAAGAGACCCCCAGGGGGCCCCCAACGCCUCCCAGGGGGGCCCCCAGGGGGCCCCCAAUGCGUCGCAGGGGGCCCCUGGCAGCAGCAGCGAAGUGUCGAAUCUUGAAGAGCUUUUUGUGGAGGCAAUGAGGAAGAUAAUUUUAGAUCCUGGAUUGGAUGAGACUGUGAAAGCCUUGAUUUUGCGGCUGCCGGAUUUGAGAGAACUGGUAAAGACGAAAAGACCAGUGGACCUUUUGCUGCUGCAGCAGGCCCGCCGGGCUUUAGCAGUGGAGCUUGCUGCUGCGCUGCAGCAGGAACUGCUGCAGCUGUACAGACACCUGGGGGGCCCCACUGCGGACUUCAGCCUGCAGCAAGUUGGCCGCCGGCUGCUGCGCAACGAGCUGCUGCUGCUGCUUGCUGCUGCAGGAGACCGGGAAGCAGCAAAGCUGGCCUACAGCCACUUCGCAGCAGCAAAAUGCAUGACUGAUAAAGCAGCAGCACUUGCUGCUCUCGCCAACAUGCAGCAGCCCGAACGCGAAGCAGCUUUUGCUGCCUUUUACGCCCAGGCAGACGGGAACCCUGCAGCAUUGGACCAGUGGUUCGCGCUGCAGGCAGCAGCAGACCAGCCGCAGCAGCUGGAGCGGCUGCUGCUGCUGCUGCAGCAUCCAGACUUUUCUUUCGAAAACCCUAAAAGAGUGAAAUCUCUUUUCUUUUCUUUUUGGCAGCAAAACCAAAUCCACUUCCACAGCCAAGACGGAAGGGGCUACAGCCUCUUCGCAGACGCCAUACUCACCGUGGACCCCUUCAACCCCCCUCUUGCUGCAGCACUUGCUGAGCUGCUGAGCAGCAGCAAAAGCCACGGGCAGGUGCGGCAGCAGCUGCUGCAGCAGCAGCUGCAGCGGAUAGCAGCAGAGCCAGAUCUUUCGGAGAGCGUGAGGGAGAUUCAGCUGGAGGCCCUGCAGCGGGAGAGACUUCAUCUGAAGCAGCUGAAGGAAGCUGCUGCCCGGAGGCCUUCUCCCAGCAGCAGCAGCAGCAGAAGCAGCAGCAGCAGAAGCAGCAGCAGUAGCAGCAGCAGCAGCAGGUCAAAAUCCUCUGGCUGCGAAACGCAGCCGCAGCCCCGUGUCUUCGGCGUGUGGGGAGGCUGUGGAGCAGCAGCAGCUGCAGCACAGGAAACUUUUGGGUUUCUUUUGCAGCAGCAAAACAGCAGCAAAGCAGCAGCAAAGCUGCAGCAGCAAAGCAGCAGCAAAACUUUUAUUUCUCUCAACAGCAAAAGCCUCCGCAUGCCCCUCGCCGGCCUCCACGAUCUUGCUGCUGCGCGCUGCUGCGGGCGCACUCCCCAACGGCUGCUAAGCCCCCAGCAGCGGCAGCAGCAGCAGAAGCAGCAGAAUAACAAGCAGCAGCAGCAGAAUAAGCAGCAGCAGCAGCAGGGGAGGACUAGACUGGAUGCUGAUGCGAAGGCAGGAAGCAAAGCAAAGGGCAAGAGCUGCAGCAGCAAAGACAAAGACACAGAGCAGCACUUCGAAGAGGGGCCCCGGAGACAGGGGGGCCCCCUAGCUGCUGCCGCGGGGUCCAGCUGUACGUACACCCCAGACACAGCAGCAGCAGCAGCAGCAGCAGCGGGAGAGGGGGGAGAGGCUUGCGGGCCAGAGAAGCGCUUUUGUGCACUUUUGUACUGCGGCAGGGGGCCCGUAAUGGGCCCCGGGAACACUCUGUACCCUCCCUGCUUCCCGGGGCCCCAGGGGGGGCCCCAGUCCCCGUUUUUAGCUGCUGGGGGCCCCCGGGGGGCCCCCCGGGGGCCCCUGGAGGACCCCCUGGCCCCCUUUUCAACCGCUGGGGGCCCCCAGGGGGCCCUUUCGGAGCCAGAAAGCGAAGGCACUGGCGAGUCUUGGGACCCCAGCCGUCCCUACCCCUCAGCAGCAGCAGCAGCGUUGCCGUGA